UCAUCACUCCCACGCAAACCAAGCGCGCGCUUCAUUGCGAUGCAGUGCCCGAUUUUAUAAAAAUAAUCAAUGUAAAGUGUUUUUUACCGGAAAAUUGUGAAAGUUUAUGUGCAACGCUUGUCAGAAGAGGAAUAAUGUCCGGGAAGGAAACGGAAAUGUGCUCAAAAACGACCAUUCAAGAUCUUCCCGACGAGAUGCUGGAGCAAAUACUCCUGUUCCUGAGCCUCGACGAUCGCCGCUCGGCCCUUCAAGUCAGCCGCCGGUGGUCCACCCUGAAGCCGUUCGAUUGGUCCACGGUCCAGCUGGUGGUCGAUUUCGCCCGGAACACCGGUCAAGAGGGUAACUACCACCGGACGCUGCUGGCCAGUUCACGCCAGUACCGGCACUUGGUGUUCUAUUUUGGGUACGAUUCGGAGAAGUACGAACUGCUGGUGGACAUUCUGAGGCACUUCUGCCGGAAGGUGGAAACGCUGAAGCUCAUACCGAACAAUUUCGUUCCGGUAAAGUUGGCGCUGUUUGCAGAUAUUACGAAGCUUUGUUCAAAUCUCCGCCAUUUACACAUCGAUGCGUGCAAUUUCGACUAUAGUCGAGGGGAGUUGGAGUUUCAUCCGAUGGACAAGCUGGAGGAACUUUAUCUGGAGAAUAAUCUGCUCAGCUUGAUUCCUUCAAUGAAGGAUAUCACCCCCAACAUCACGCGGUUGCACAUGCAGAUCAGCUACUACUCGGAAGAGGCCCGGUUGUUCCUACGCUAUUUCAGCUCGCAGUUGGUCGAGCUGGAGAUUUGGUUUCUAUCAGAGGAUUACUUCCUUACGGUUUGUGAGAUGCAAUUUCCUCGUCUGGAAAAACUCAACUUCUACUGCGUCGAUUUGGAAAUUCUUCCAGGAGCAUCAGAAUUAGAGGUUGAGUUGAUUGAUCUGUUCUUCCAUCAACUACCGCUCUUAAGGGAAGUAACCCUGCGGUGUAACAUAGACGAUCGGGUUAUCCAGAAUCUUUGCCGAUCGUGUGUACACAUUCAGUUCCUAUGUCUCAGCUUGGAUUACUUCCUGCAGGACAGCUUUAGAGCCAUCUGUGAGCUAAAGAAUCUGCAGCACCUAAGAAUCGAAGAAGCAGCUGUUAAUGUUCCCUUAGAUUCGUACAUACCAACGAAAAGUCUUCAAAAACUCUCCCUUUACUCAACGCGUAUCGUCCACCAAGGCAAGUUCAACACCUUCGUCCAGUGUGCCUUCCCGAGCCUGGCGGUAAUGGAAAUGCUCCACCUGACGUCUCGCACCAACGAAGGACGCUUCUUCGAGCUGCAUGGCGCCAUUUGCUCCAAGAUUCCCUCCCUUCAACGCUUGGUCCUCAGCGAACCGGCCGCCAACAUAAUCCUGGGACCGUUCCUGGAAUUUUGCGCCACCCACGCCCCCAAGGAGCUCCGUUUCAAGUGCUGGAACAUACUGGACGUCUUCCCGGAAGAAGAAAUCCCCGCCACCCAGCAGAUUCCAGUACAAAAGCUGAUUCUGGACGCUCCGUUAAUUUCCCCUUCGGUGCUGCAGAAGCUGAUCCGUUCGAUGCGGGAACUGCGAUGGUUGGAGCUGGCAAUGGCCGAUUACUGCUCACCGGAAGUGAUCCGGUCGCUCAGGGAGCAGUUCCCUCGCUGCUACGUGGUGGCGCGACGGAAGGUGCUGAUUGAGGAACCGUUAUGACAGUGUUGGGAGCAGUGCAAGGACCGGUCGUUUAGGUAGAAGG